CCAGAGUGAGUGGACAUGCAGCAGCCUGAGAGCCAACAGACAACUCCAGCGGCAGCAACAACAGAAAUACUGGAUCCAGCAGAUCAGUACCAGCGUCGGAGGACAACUGCUCUGUGGUUGUCCAUGUCUCUGCUGUUUCUGUCUGUGCUGGUGCUCACUGUGGGAAUCAUCUCCUCGACUCGCACUGACAAUGUGCCUGUAGCUGGAUAUUUCCCUGGCAUCGCUCUGAGUUUUGGAGCUUUCCUGGGCAUUGUUGGCAUCCACCUGGUGGAAAACCGCAAACCCAUGCUCAUUGCAGCGAUCAUCUUCAUCAGUAUCGGAGUCAUCGUGUCUUUCCUCUGCUCCAUUGUAGAUGGGAUCAUCGCUUCAGAAUUCAUUGACAUACGACCACUGCAGGAGGACAUGUGUGACUUCUACUCCAGUGGAUCAGGCUAUGCUUAUGACAGCUACUACACAGAGGUGGUGACGUGCCGCUCAUUCAACAAAGAAUGCAAGCUCAAACUGAGGAGCAACACCUGCUACUGCUGCUACCUGUACAACUGUGAGAGGACAGACUAUCACACUCAGUACUAUGAGUUCACUGGUGUCAGCAGCUGCUGGGAUGUGAUCCACCUCUACCGUCUGAUGUGGACCUCAGUGGUACUCAACAUUCUUGGCGUGUUCCUGGGCAUCAUCACUGCUGCCAUCCUUGGCGCAUACAAGGACAUACAAAAGCCGACUCCUCAGAUGCCUUCCAGCCCAGCGCCUCCACCUCAUAUCCUGUACAACCCGACCCAGCACAUGCUCACGUACAGUGGCUUCUGUCCUUCAGGACAGACACUGCCUGCCUACCCCAACUACCCAGUAGCCAUGCAGCAUAACAGCAACUACCAGGGUCCUACAACUCCCCAGCUGAUCCCUGACGGAGGCCUCUCCUCCACCUCCUGCCCAUCUGAGGAGAACCAGCAGCCUCCUCACACCUCCACCCAUCCACAGUCUCAGGGAGGAACCCAGAAACCAGGAGGCUUCACGUCGACUCCCAAUGCUCCCGUCCUCUAUGGAUCCUCCUUCAGCGCCUUUGAAAAACCACCUCCUUAUGCCUGCUGA